AUGGAAAUUCUCAGGGAAGCGCAAGGAAUUAUUAUGUGUCAAAGGAAAUUUACCUUGGACUUAUUGCAUGAAUUUGAUGUCUCGAAUUCACCUUGUUUUUCUUCCCCUCUUGAACCAUCUUCAAAGCUUAGUGCUAAUGAAGGACCUCUAAUCUCCAAUCCUACUGUAUUCCGUCAUCUUGUUGGGAAGCUAAAUUAUCUCACUCACACUAGACCAGACUUGUCCUUUGCUGUCCUUAAACUCAGCCAAUACAUGCAAAGUCCUUGUCUUUCUCACUACAUGGCAGCCAUUCGAGUUCUAAGAUACCUCCGUUCAGAUCCCGGACAAGGUAUUAUUUUGAACUCAGAUCCCUCUCUCAAGCUUGUGGCUUUUUGUGAUGCCGGCUGGGCUUCUUGCCCUGAGUCCCGGCGUUCUGUCAGUGGGUUUUACAUCGCUCUAGGAAGGUCACCCAUUUCAUGGAAAUCGAAGAAGCAAGCUUCAAUUUCUUUAUCUUCCGCUGAAGCGGAAUAUAGAUCCAUGCGUAGGGUUGUUGCUAAAUUGACAUGGCUCAUUCGAUUACUUGAAGAUUUGUCUGUAUCUCCAUCUUUGCAUGUUCCCGUUCUCUCUGAUAGCAAAUCGGCCAUUCAUAUUGCCCGGAAUCCAGUAUUCCACAAAAGGACAAAGCACGGGGAAUUAGACUGUCAUUUCGUCCGACAACAGUACCUUUCCGGUCUAAUUUCACUCUCACACAUUCCUUCCUCUUCACAGCUCGCCGAUCCCUUCACCAAAUCUCUAUCAGGACCAGCUCAUAACUCUGCUCUUCGCAAGAUGGGUGUUACUUUCGUCCCUUCCAACUUGAGGGGGGAUACUGAGAUAAUGGAAUUUCAGAUAAUGAUCUCUCAUGGUUCAUCUCAGAAGAAGAAGAAUGAAGAAGAAAGUUCAAGGAUUUUAGGGUAUGUUAAAGAAGAAGAUAAAGACCUAAGCCGCCUAAAGAAAAGAGACCAAGUUUCAGACCAUAAGUCUCACAAACUAAAAGACUUAUGA